AUCGAAUCACUUUCUUUCCCUCCUCCCUCAGCCUGAGCGCACCACUAAUUAACAGAUUCUGGGGGGACCAAUCAAUACACUAAUACCCCAAGAUGAAGCAAAGAUUCUCUUCGUUGGAUGUCAAGGUCAUCACCCAGGAACUCGCCUCGGAACUCGUCAACCUACGAGUGUCGAACAUCUACGAUCUUUCCUCGAGAAUCUUCCUCUUCAAACUCGCCAAACCCGACCACCGCAAACAGCUCGUCGUCGACUCGGGCUUCCGCUGCCAUGUGACGCAGUACUCGCGCGCGACGGCCUCGGCGCCGUCGCCGUUCGUCACGCGCCUGCGCAAGUUCCUGAAGUCGCGGCGCGUGACGGCCGUCCAGCAGCUCGGCACGGACCGCGUCAUCGACUUUGCCUUCAGCGACGGCCAGUACCACCUGUUCCUCGAGUUCUUUGCGGGCGGCAACAUCAUCCUCACCGACCGGGAGUACACCAUCCUCGCGCUGUUCCGGCAGGUCGCGGCGGGCGACGGGCAGGAGGAGGAGACGCGCGUCGGGAUGCGGUACGCGGUCGACAACAAGCAGAAUUACCACGGGGUGCCGGCCAUCACGCCGCAGCGGGUGCGGGAGACGGUGGAGAAGGCGAGGGAGCUGUUUGCGGCGGAAGGGGGCAGUAAUGCCGCGCCGAAGAAGUCCCGCAAGAAGAAUACGGAUGUGCUGCGCAAGGCGCUGUCGCAGGGGUUCCCCGAGUAUCCGCCGCUGUUGCUGGAUCAUGCUUUUGCGGUGAGGGGGUUGGAUCCGGCGACGCCGUUGGAGGAGGUUUUGAGCGACGGUGGGGAUGGGGAUUUGUUGGGACGGGUGGUCGAGGUGUUGGAGGUGGCGAAGGGGGAGACGGAUAGGUUGUCGGUUGGGCAGGGGCAUCCUGGGUAUAUUGUUGCGAAGGAGGAUACGAGGCCCAAGGCGAAGGGGGCUGCGGAUGAGAAGGAGGGGGAGGAUGGCGGGGACGCCUCGAGCAAGAAGCCGCCGGCGCUCCUGUAUGAGGAUUUUCAUCCGUUCAAGCCGCGCCAGUUUGAGGGCAAGCCCGGCGUCACGAUCUUGGAGUUUGAGAACUUCAACAAGACCGUCGAUGAGUAUUUCUCUUCCAUCGAGUCGCAGAAGCUGGAGUCGCGGCUCACGGAGCGCGAGGAGGCCGCGAAGAGGAAGUUGGAUGCUGUGCGGCAGGAGCAUGCGAAGAGGAUCGGUGCCCUGCAGGAGGUCCAGGGGUUGCAUAUCCGGAAGGCGGCCGCUAUCGAGGACAAUGUCUACCGGGUGCAGGAGGCCAUGGAUGCGGUCAAUGGUCUGAUUGCGCAAGGAAUGGACUGGGUGGAGAUCGCGCGCCUGAUCGAGAUGGAACAGAGCCGAGGUAAUCCCGUCGCGAGGAUUAUCAAGUUGCCUCUCAAGCUUCAUGAGAACACAAUCACGUUGGUUCUGGGAGAGGCUGGCGAUGAGGAGCAAGGUGACGGCGAGGAGCUCUUCUCGGAUGACGAAGACGAGUCCGAGUCGGAGGAUGAGAAGGAGGAAGAUGAGAAUUUUGAGAAGAGGGCCGAUGUGUUGGUGGUUGACAUCGAUCUUGGGCUCUCCCCAUGGGCGAAUGCGACCCAGUACUACGAGCAGAAGAAACAGGCCGCUGUGAAGGAACAGCGGACGACGCAGUCCUCUGCCAAGGCGCUCAAGAGCCACGAGAAGAAAGUCACGCAGGAUCUCAAACGGAACCUGAAGCAAGAGAAGCAGGUUCUUCGCCCGGCUAGAAAGCUUUUCUGGUUCGAGAAGUUCCUCUUCUUCGUCUCUUCCGAGGGAUACCUGGUUCUCGGUGGCCGUGAUGCUAUGCAGAGCGAGAUGCUAUACCGGCGGUACCUCAAGAAAGGCGAUGUCUUCGUGCAUGCAGAUCUUCAAGGUGCUACGCCGAUGAUCGUCAAGAACAGAGCGGGCACGCCCAACGCGCCCAUCCCCCCGAGCACACUCUCUCAAGCUGGAAAUUUAUGUGUUGCUACAUCGAGUGCUUGGGAUUCCAAGGCAAUCAUGUCCGCUUACUGGGUCAAUGCCAGCCAAGUCUCCAAAACCGCUGAGGUGGGUGGUCUGGUCCCUACUGGCGAGUUCGUCAUCAAGGGCGAGAAGAAUUUCCUGGCCCCCUCCCAGCUUGUCCUAGGAUUCGCGGUCAUGUUCCAGGUUAGCAAAGAGAGUCUACGGAACCACAAGCUACGCCAGUUCGACGAGCCUGCGGCUGCGGAGCCGAUCGCUGAGGAAGGCGGUGCUCCCGCCGCAGCAGCGGAAGGCAAAGAGCCCGUUGAAGAGAAAUCCGAGACGGCGGAAGCUGAUCAACCUGAGGGCCCCGAUGAACCAGAGGAGCAGGAGCAGGAGCAGGAGCAGGUCUCAGAGUCGGAUGAAGAAGCCGAGGAAGAUAAGGCUAUUACGGAGAGAAACCCGCUCCAACGGGGACUGUCUGAGCCAGCUCAAGCGGAAGCCGGCAACUCUAACGAUGCUCAUGACAGUCCGUCGGAUGACGAAAAUGCCGAGGAGGGAGAGCGGGAGGAGCAGUCCUUUCAAAAGGAGACGACAGCUGCGGAUGAGACUCUGCCGGAAGAAAGCCUAUCAUCCACUCAAGAUCAGGACAAGCGACAGCUUUCCGCUCGAGAGCGUCGUCUUCUCAGAAAAGGACAGCCACUCGACUCCCAGGAAACCACGCCCAAGGAAGCCGCAGAGGGCGCAAAGAAGCCGGGGUCGAACGGCGCACCGGCCAAACCUACAAACACCAAGCAAGCGGGCUCUACACGGGGCAAGAAGGGCAAGGCAAAGAAGGCUGCGGCUAAGUAUGCAGACCAGGACGAAGACGAGCGGGAGCUGGCACUCCGCUUGCUGGGCGUGAAUAGCGAGAAGGCCGCCAAGGCCGCCGCAGAGGCGGAAGCCAAAGCCAAGCGUGAGCAGGAAGCUGAGGCUCAGAAGAAGCGUCGCAGAGCCCAGCAUGAGCGAGCAGCGGAGGCCGAGCGCAAACGACAGGCUCUCUUCGAAGGGGGUGCUGAUGACUACGACGAGGAGACGGCCGCCGCGGAAGCUGCGGAUCUCGAAUGGAUUCCUGCCAUGAUCGGAACGCCUCAUCCUGACGAUGACAUCCUCGCGGCCAUCCCGGUGUGCGCUCCCUGGGCUGCCCUGAGUCGGUACAAAUACAAGAUCAAGUUGCAGCCCGGUACCGUGAAGAAGGGAAAGGCUGUCAAGGAGAUCAUUGGACGAUGGGUCGCCGAAACGACGACUGGCAAGGUCAAGAAGGAGCAUGCCGAGGACGCUGGCAUUAAUCGGGCAGCAGCCGAGAAGCUCCGCGAGCGUGAAGGCGAGUUGAUCAAGGGGUGGAAGGAUACUGAGAUCAUUAACUCAGUCCCUGUGGGCAAGGUACGCAUCAUGACUGGUGCAGGGGCCAGCGGAGGUGAUAAGGGCAAAGGGAAAGGUGGUGGUGGUGGCGGCGGCGGCGGAAACAAAGGAGGUAAAGGAGGAAAGAAGAAAUAGGUUUUGAGCGAUUAAUCCUCACCAUUCGAUUCCCUUCAGAGAUGAACAAAUGCUCGGAUGACAUGAUCUCCAUGCGCACAGAUACGGAACUAGG